GGAGGAAGAGGACGAAGAGGAGGACGAAGAAGAAGCCGCUGCAGCCGGGGGGGAAGGAGAGGAGGCCCUCCUGCAGGGAGUGGAGCAGCCCCCAGAGCCCUUUGUGCUGGAGGUGGAGGAGGAGCCGCUGCCCCUGGAAGGCCGGGAGACCCCUCCCCCCUCCCCCCCUCCCCCGUGGACCUGCCAGGGGCUGCAGAAGGGGCCACCCCCCCUCAAGCGCAGCAGCAGCAGGACGCUGGAGAAUGGCGGGACCUGCCUGCCGGAGCCCCCGUGCAAGAGGCCCAGGACGGAGUGGCAGGGCCUGGCCAAGAGCCCCCUUUCCAGCAGUUGGAUCGAGGUGCCCAGCACCGCCUCCUCGGAAGGAGAAGAGGGCUUCGGCCUGCCCAGCCCCGCCCCUGUGGCUGAUUCCACCUGGGCCGACUCGCCAGGGCUGGGCGUGGUCUCCAGCUCCCAGGGCAGCCCCCCCUUCAUCUGCAAGACCAGCGUAGCGACGCAGUGUGACCCAGAGGAGAUCAUCAUCCUUUCGGACUCGGACUAGCCCCCCCGAGGGGGGAGGAGCAGCGCUGGUGCCAGUGGGGAGGGCCUGCCCAGAAGAGCCCUGCUCUUGCACUCCCUGGCCCCGAGGGGGAGCAGGAGGAGAGAUCUGCUGCUGCUGUCUCAGGGGUGGGGGGCGGUGGCUGGACUCUGGGGUGCUUUGUGUUGGUGCAUGGGCUGUUGGCGGGGAGGGGGCUGGGUUCAUGCCCUGUUGUCUUGGGGGUUCCUUUUUCAAAAAGGGGUGAAAUGGGGGUGGGGAAAUAAAGAACUAUUUUUAUGCA